UCACCAACUUGAUCCAGAGACUGUGGUUAAGUAUAGCAACCUACAGCCAGUUUUUGUGGAUUACGACUAGUCAUCGAUCAGCUGUUAACCGGAUGUCUCGCCGGCUUUAGGCACCAGUCCCCCCCACCUCUUCGUGAUAGCGUCAAUCCUACUAGGCCCACACGGGGCCAAUAAACCGACAACAGUCACAGUUAUAUGUGCCUAGGUAAAGAUAUAAGCACAAUUCUCAUCAUCAGUCCCUGUAUAACUACCAUUAAUCAUCUUCCUCAGCUCAAUCAUCAUGCUCCGUCUGGAUCGAAUCUGAAGGGCAAAAGCUUACAACAAUGUGUCGCGUCUGCGAGCGACUGUCUUACGACCCACUCCCGGACGUUCCUUCGGAGAAUGAAAACGACAACGAUUAUGAAUAUCGACUUUACGACGUACCGGUGAGAUCGAUACGUAAAAAGCUUAUCCCGAUUCAAAUAGUAGUAACACCGGCGCCGAGUCAUGACGGAACUCCGAUUUUCGCGGCAUGGGAGAAACCGAGAAUCGCUCAGCCAGACGACUGGGACUAUCCGUCCCCCCAGCAAAAGGCACCUUUUGGUAUGGCGGUCUACGAUAUCACCCCAACAGCAACCCCGACCCGUGCCGCAAAGAUGGCGCACGCUCUCUCCCGUCGCACCAGGCGUCACAAUGGCGAAUGGGGGCGGGACAGGAUGGAGGUCGUUUGCUUCCCUCUGCCAUCACAUCUGACCUCUCAAGAGCGUGCAAAGGCCUGCAUUGGCCAUCACGGACACGAAGUCCGGAACCGUGCCGUAAUAGACAACAUUGAGGACGCCAAGUUCUGGUUUCUUCCCGAGGACUUCAACAACGAGUGGUAUUCCCGCGGAAUUAUCCUUAUCGACCGGCUGGAGGACACCUGGGAAGACGCUUUUGAUUGUGACGACAGGGAGAUCCAGCACGAAGAUGAGAACACACGAAGUCCCUUUGGCAGUUUUGCAACAGUCUAUUGGCUGCCACGCGAAGCGACCUGGGAAUACUAUGAAGAAGAGCUUCGUCCCGAGGAUCGAUUAUGGACCGAGAAUUGGCUGUCGCCAGGACUAGAAGAGUUGAUGCAAGACAGCAUCCUUCGAAAGAGAAACUGGCGAGAGUUAUGAACCAGGCUUGCCCCAGGGACUAAAAGGCUUUCCGUGGUUAUGGGUGCAUAUUUCAUCCUAGUCAUUACACGGCAGAGAUUUGGUUCUUCACGGAGCUUCAUCUUGGAACUUGAGAGGAGUCUCUGACACUACUCUACGUCGGGCCUAUCUAAUGGCAUGCUGGAAUGGAACUCUGCAGUAGUUUAUGGCUAUAGUCUGCUGCGGAAACACUUAUUAUGGGGCCAAGGCGUUUGGCAACCAAGAGUUCAGUUGAGGCAUGAUGGAAUUCGCAAUUAUGGCUUUUCUCAGGAUUUCAGUUUUUAUCCUAUAAUUAGAAGCCUGAUAUCGGGGUAUAAAAUAAUGAAUCCGCAAAAAAAGUUCCUACGCCGACGUCCGUGGCUCCUAGUUCCCUUAGCCACUUUCCCGUAACUCCUAAAUAGU